AUGUCAGGGGCUGUGAUUAAUGGGUCGAUUCGCCAUGUCACUGGCCUGUCACUGGGCGCCUCAACACCCGUCCCAGUAGUAGCCAUUAUUGGAGACAAAGGCUCUGGCAAGACAUCUUUGUUCGAAGCUCUCUCUGGUCUCUCUCUUCAUGGCUCUCGUCUCUCAUCAACGAAAUUCCCUAUCCAUGCCUACUUUACGCACAGCAACCGAACGGGGACGACGCUCAGGGCACGGAUAAGGCCAGGGAAAGUCGACGGACAAAAUGAGGAGCUUUCAGACCAUUUGCAGAGUUUCGAGGUGAACUAUGAGGGUGAUCUUGCUGCUGUCAAUCUUCCGCAAAUUGUGAAUCAGGCAACGAAUCACAUGCAGAUUGCAACCGCAUUCUCGGACGAAAAGGAACAGGAAGAACAACAAGUAUCCGGCAAUGUACUUGUCAUUGAGAUUUCAGGUCCAGACUUUUUCAACAUGGAAAUCGUCGAUACACCUGGGCUAUCAUCUAGCCCGGCAGUUGAUGACACACAAGAGGUAACAAGAUCUCUCAUAAUGGAUCUCGUCAGGCAACCCAACACUCUCAUCCUAUCUGUCGUUGACGCAACAAGUGAUAUGAGCACUCAAGAAGGUCCGAGGCUCGCGCGAGCAGCUGACGUGACGGGCAAUCGCAUCGUCGCUGCAGUGACCAAGUGCGACCUCGUACCCCCAGAAGAGCGAAGAUUCGUGUUGAGGGCUAUGCGUAACAAGGAACGCCAUCUCGGCCAUCCCUGGUUCGCUAUCAGAAGUCUCUCAAGCAAUGAACGCGAUCAAGACUGUACCCUCGAGACGAGGAACUCCGUCGAAGACGCAUUCUUUUCAGAAAUGGAAUGGUCUGUCCUGAAACGUAGACGGCGUGUAGGCGCUCCUUCUUUGAAAGACUACCUAAAGACUAGGCAAACCAAUAUCUACGCAGUAUCGCAGGAGACUGUGGUCGCAGAUGUUGAUCUAGAAUUCGCUUCCGAUGCUCCGCGUCCAACACCGCUCCUCAACGCUGUCGGCGUCGGGUUGACAGUUGCCAUUUGUCUCUGCCUCAUAGGGCUUGGUUGUAGCUCGAUGGCAGUGGAGAUUGCGAGUGAGGGACACUGGUAUCGUUUGUUUCUCCUGGUGACAGCUCCUCCUCAGGUUAUCUUGAGCUUGUUCUUCUGUCAAGCUAUUGUCGUUACCAUCUUUCAGAUGAUUGGUCCUGUCUCGCAACUAAAAGUUAAUUCCAAGUUUUACUCCGCAAAGAGAACGAAGCGCCUUGAUGGGACGAAAGUACUAUUACCUCAUGUCACCAUUCAAUGCCCAGUGUACAAAGAAGGUCUCGAGGGCGUAAUUCGUCCAACAGUACAGUCGCUAUCUGCUGCCAUCCGCAACUAUGAGUCUUUCGGCGGCACAGCUAGCAUAUUCAUCAACGAUGAUGGUAUGCAACUGGUGUCAGAAGAAGAAGCCGAGGAACGACGCAUGUUCUAUAAGGAGAACAAUAUUGGCUGGGUUGCUCGACCAGGCCACAACGUAAACGGCGAAGGUAUCAAGAGGUUCAUACGCCGCGGCAAGUUCAAGAAAGCAUCAAACAUGAACUAUGCACUCGGUAUUAGCCUAAAGGUGGAGGACAAGCUGGUGCAGAUCGACCGCCAUGAGAAGUGGACACAAGUCGACGAGGAUGCAGCAUAUCAGAAGUGCCUCGAUGAAGUCCUCUCUGAAGAACUAGGCCGCGCGUGGGUAGGCGGCAACAUCAGAGUCGGCGACUAUCUCCUGCUUGUGGACUCCGACACUCGUGUCCCGAAAGACUGUCUGAUCGACGCCGUCAGCGAACUCGAAGCCUCACCCCAAGUUGCGAUCCUCCAGUUCACAUCUGGCGUCAUGAACGUAACGACGAGCUACUUCGAAAGCGGCAUCACAUUUUUCACCAACCUCAUCUACACGGCCAUCACCUACGCAGUAGCCAAUGGCGAUGUCUCACCCUUUGUCGGGCAUAAUGCGUUUAUUCGCUGGUCUGCGCUACAAGAAGUUGGGUCGCAGGACGGUGGCAUUAUAAACGGCGAGCAAGAUCCAAACGCCACAACACCAUAUGAGAAGUUCUGGUCCGAGUCUCACGUCUCAGAAGACUUUGAUAUUUCUCUGCGGUUGCAAACACUGGGUUAUCAUAUCCGCCUAGGGGCUUAUUGCGGCGACGGCUUCAAAGAGGGUGUUUCACUCACCGUUUACGAUGAGUUGGCCCGGUGGGAAAAGUAUGCGUAUGGGUGCAGCGAGCUUCUCUUCUGGCCUAUCAAAGACUGGUGGAGACAUGGUAUCUUUACACCGUUGUUCAAACGCUUCAUCAUGUCGAAUAUGCCGCUUGGGUCCAAGAUCACUAUCAUGUCUUACAUCGGCACAUACUACGCCAUUGGUUAUUCGUGGAUUGGCUCGCUGCUGAACUACUUCCUCAUCGGAUGGCUCAAUGGAGAGCUUGAUCACUACUACAUGAGCAGUUGGCGUGUUUGGGUUGCUCUUGUGGUUGUCUUCUCUAUAGCGGGAAACAUCACCCUCGCGCUGAUCCGAUACCGCUCUCAGCAGGUCAGCUUGCUCAAGGAGCUCUGGACAUGCUUCAAGUGGGUGGCUCUCAUGUUCAUUUUCCUGGGCGGUAUAUCGAUACAUGUCUGCAAGGCAAUCAUGUGUCACAUGCUGUCAAUUGAUAUCAGCUGGGGCGCUACGUCGAAGGAGGUGGAAGACACCAAUUUCUUCCAAGAGAUCAGUAUCAUCAUCGGGGGCUUCAAGUAUGUCUUCAUCUUUUGCCUUGCGGUGACAGCGUUGAUGAUAUGUGGUGUCUACGCCUUCCCGUAUUUAUGGAGGAUCGAUGAGCUCGUUGCAAUCUUUCCUCUUGGAACUGUCAUCUUCUGUCACUUUUUCCUCCCCAUUGCUCUGAAUCCGAACUUGAUGAAGUUCACUUGGUAA